GGUAGGUUGCUGCCGUUCGCUAGUGACCGCGGCUGUUCAGUAAAUCGACGACUUUUAUUGGAUAAGCAGUGUUUUCCAGCGAGCUCCCGACGAAGAAGAGAAGAAAAGAAAAAAACCAAACCCGGUUGCAUAGUGCACAGUGUUUGUGUGUCGGACGCCAAGUGUGUGUCAGAGUGUGGAGAAACACUUCUAGCGCGAACGGACGGACGGACGGACCCAGUUUCCGUGUGGGUGGUUUGUUAACUCGUCCCGGAACACGUAACGGGCAGUAUGUAACGAAAGAUAAAAUCUAGUGGUCCUUUCUGGUUCAGUGUUGAUCGGUGGGGUUCCUUUGUUCUGUUCCAGUUCCAGUACCCUACGGAAUACUAGUGAAGGGUAGAGAAAUUGUGCAAAAGUGAAUGUAAAAAUCCUAGAGUCUAUGUUUUAUUUGCUGAUAACUUGCGCAGAGUGCUACAGUUUCGUAAUACUGAAGUGAAUGGAACAGUGACCAGUGGUGCUUGAGGAAAGGAUAUCGACUCCGCGUUAGUCUGAAAGUCAAGGAUCGAUUCGACGUGACCAGAGGACAACAAGUCGUGAGCUGCUUGCCUGCUUUGGUGGAGAGAAUCGUUUGAAUGAAUCGAUGUGAAACAGACCGGUAAAGCGCAGCACUCCUGGUUAAAAUUCAACCAAGCAACCGGAAAAGCAGAAAAAAAACAUCACACUGCAGCGACUGAGCCCUGGUGACCAAUGAAAACGUCGUUCGAAGUAGGCUAGCCAAAACAGUGCAACCACCAUUCACAGAGGGCAGACGAGGAAAAUCCCGUUCGCAGAACUUUACGCAGCCAAACAAAGCCGAAGUACACUGAGUGGGUUCGAAAUAAAAAGUGUGUUUAUCCAAUAGAAGAAAAAAAAGAAGAAAUUAGUGGCAGAAAUAACAAUCGAGAAAAAAAAAAACAACAAUACAGAAGCCUGCAGGUGCAAGUGCUGUCAAACGGCAGAGAGUCAACAAACGCAGCGAUAACUAGAAAGACGCAACAAUGUUUCCGCUUCACCGGGGAGCGGCAACAUGGCUUCUUCUACUGUUGACCACGCUGGCGCUGUGUUCCUCCGGGAACCACGGCGGAGCGGCAUCGGCAUCGGAGAACAACCAACGGGUGGUUUGCUACUACACUAACUGGUCGGUGUACCGCCCGGGGACGGCCAAGUUCAACCCGCAGAACAUCAACCCGUACCUGUGUACCCAUUUGAUCUACUCGUUCGGAGGUUUCACCAAGGAGAAUGCCCUCAAACCCUACGAUAAGUAUCAGGAUAUUGAGCAAGGCGGCUUCGCCAAGUUCACCGGCCUGAAGACCUACAACAAGAAUCUGAAAACCAUGCUCGCCAUCGGCGGCUGGAACGAGGGUUCGGCACGCUUCUCCCCACUGGUGGCCGAUUCAGAGCGGCGCUCGCAGUUCGUGAAAAACUCGAUUAAAUUCCUGCGCCAAAAUCACUUCGACGGGCUGGACCUGGACUGGGAGUAUCCGGCAUUCCGCGACGGAUCGAAGCCGAAGGAUCGUGAAAACUACGCCCAGCUGGUGCAGGAAUUGCGCGAGGAGUUCGAGCGGGAGUCGUCGAAAACUGGACGUCCAAGGUUGUUACUCACGAUGGCCGUACCGGCUGGUGUGGAAUACAUUGACAAAGGCUACGACGUUGCUAAGUUGAACAGGUACCUGGAUUGGUUCAAUCUGCUGACCUACGAUUACCACAGUGCUUACGAACCGGCGGUCAAUCACCACUCGCCUCUCUACUCGCUAGAAGAACCUUCGGAGUACAAUUUUGACUCGGAACUCAACAUUGACUACAGCGUCAAAUUCUACCUAAACGCGGGUGCAGAUCGUGACAAGCUAGUGCUGGGUAUCCCAACCUACGGUAGAUCGUACACUCUGUACAACCCGGACGCGACCGAUAUCGGUUCGCCGGCGGACGGUCCUGGCGAACAGGGUGACGCUACCAGAGAGAAAGGCUACCUGGCGUACUACGAAAUCUGUACCGCCGUCAAGGAGGAUCCCGAGUGGACCGUGGUUCAACCGAAUGCCAACGCGAUGGGCCCGUACGCGUUCAAGGGUAAUCAAUGGGUUGGUUAUGAUGACGAAGCGAUCGCCCGGAAGAAGGCAAAGUACGUAGCGGAAAACGGUUUGGGUGGUAUUAUGUUCUGGUCGAUCGAUAACGACGAUUUCCGCGGCACCUGCCACGGACGCCCGUAUCCGAUCAUCGAGGCUGCCAAGGAGACUCUGCUGGCUAGCACAGACAUCGGUGCCAAUGACAUCGCCGCUCCAAGCCGCCCUAGGAAACCGUCGCGAUCGCGUAGUCGUACAGGAACGAGUGGCUCGCGAAACCGUGUGACCACCGACAGCAACAACAACGAAAUCAAGCCUUCGCUCAAGGGUUCACAGUCUAGGAAGCACACUAGAACGCAAACGCCGUCUACCAGCACAUCCACCACCACUACCGGAAGUUCGCUGUAUAUUGGAGGACGCACCACGACACCACAGCCGCCGACGACUCCGGAUCCGGGAGCAGACUUCAAAUGCACGGACGAAGGCUUCUUCCAGCAUCCUCGGGAUUGCAAGAAAUACUUCUGGUGUCUGGACGCUCCGGCGCUCGGUUUGGUUGCGCAUCAGUUCACCUGUCCCUCGGGGCUGGUCUUCAACAAGCUGGCCGACUCGUGCGACUACGCCCGCAACGUGAUCUGCAACAUUAAAUCUUCGACGACGACUAGCACCAGCACCACAACGACCACCACUACGACGAGUACGACGACGCCUGCUCCGCGGGCUCGUGUUACGGCCGCCACCAGCAGAAACAGCUUCUAUAAUCGAGCCUAUACAACUACGACUACCACGGAACCUCCGAUCGAGAUUGACUACUCGGAGGAAGUGGAUGGCGGAAGCGAACCGGAGGAGGAUCCGAAGGUUAUUAAGGAGUUGAUUGCGUUUAUCAAGAAGGUUGGAGGUAUUGAGGAGCUGGAACGUCAAUUGCAAGCCCAAGAAGAUGGUUCAGUUGUACUGAAGGGUUCUCAAACGGACCAAGUGUCGACAACUCCGUCCACAAUCAGCAAGAGCCUGUACGAGCGUGUACUGAGUCGAGCCGGAAAUGGACUGCAGAAGUUCCGUCCUGCGUUGACGUUUACUCAAACCGAUAAGAGCGGGUCGACGGAGAACAAGUAUUCGUCGGUGGUUCGUAAUGGUAACACCAACAGUCGGGUUGGCCCUCAGAAUGAAGGUAUCGAGCGGUUGCCCGAGUUCGAGGGUGUCUUCAAGGAGCGUCCAAAGUAUGUUACGUUGACCAGGCAAAGACCCACGAAAACCAGCAUCGAGGAUGAUGUGGAUGACGACGAUAACGAUGACGAUAAUGACGAAGAGGAGAAUCAACCGUCGACGUACUCGACCAGGAGGCCCACUUCGGGUCCAAAAUACGUGAGCAUUCGUAGACAGCGACCGACAACGACGGUGGCGGAGAGUGUCGAAGAUGACGAUAACGAUGGGGCAAACGUGCAGCAGUACAGCACUGUCAACAGGAAUCGCUUCCGCCAGACCACAACGGAGGAAACCGUUGAGGAAAUUGAACGGGUACCGAGCCGGUACAAUUCCAUCGAACGUCGCCGAGCGACCGUGCAGUUCAAUCGCUUGCAGGAAGGCGACAAAGAUGAUGUAGGCACUGAUUCGUCUCUAUUGGUACCCUCCACCGAUUUCCAAACAAUUUACACAACAUCGUCUAGUACCGAUGCACCAGAACAGUUCAUCACGUACAGUACACGACAGUACGCUAGCGUAGAACGUAGCAGCACUACCGAGGCGCCCCUAGUGGACCCGGUUGCUACGGUUCUGCCACAGACAGCCACUACUCCAUCUACAGGCAACAUUGUACAAUACCUCAACACUGACAUUCAGACGACGGAAGCCCCCGAGCGGAGCGCUCCGGCAGACACUGUUUCAGAGCUAGAAUUAAGUAAGACCUCCGUGUCGGCGGACUUCGACGGCCCAUCGACGGAUGACACGGUGACCGUAGAUAGUAGCAAGAACGAACAGACCAACGAGGUAACCACAAUACUAAACCUAGGUGAAAGUGUUACUGGUAGUAGUGUUAGUGAAUUGGACCUGAGUGUGCAUAGUAGUAGUGUGGGUUCUAGCGGUGAUAUUGUAAAUCCUAGAGUACAGGAGACUGAUGAAGAUCGGCUCCUGCUGACAACUUCUCAGGCCGGUGGUACCGAACUGCCGAUCACCACAACCUUGACCCCCUCGACGAGCAGCGAAAGAUUGUCCAGCACUAACGAAGAACAGUCUAACUCGAUUUUCAAAUUUUCGCCAAGAACUAGGAAAACUACCACCACAGCAAGUCCCUUAGAAGUUGUCACUAAUAAGCAGAAAUCCGAUAGUCAAUUAACCCCAACCCAAGCCGCUCCCCGUCCGUUCGGUGGAGCGGUUCGACGCACACGGCCAACACGUCGUCCUGUGAGCAGCGCAACGACGACUACUUUGGCUCCCGAAGAAUCUACCACUCUUCGCUCGGUAAAGGUGAGUUAUGCCAAUGAUCAAAGGUUUGAUCUUUCAGCUAGACGCAGGAUCGGUGUGGCCAGCACGUCUGCCGCGUCGGAUCCAGCUAGCAGCAACGAGGUAGGUAGCACUAGCGAUUCCACGGGCAGCGAGCCGAGUCCACGGCCAACACGGCCACGGGGAUUCCGUGGUCGCGUUAGGUACGGAGCAUCCGCUAAAGCGACGCCGAGAUCUUCUCCCUCUCCUACUUCUUCAUCUUCCACAGAGUCGACCGCUGCGGCAGGUGUGUCAACCCAAGCACGCCGCCAGCAGUCGGACUCUUUUGCACGUAACCGUUUCUCUCUGAACCGUGCUUCCAGCCGUGAGCCGGAAGUAUCGAUCGGAAGUACUACCGAACGAAUCACCACCCCGGAGCAGCCAGUUGAGCAAUCAACUGCUAGGGCUUCAUUGAGGCGGGUGAAUUUUAAUCUGUACAGCGGUAGAUCGAGCACCAGUCCUAGGACUACCACAACCACUGAGGAACCGGAAAUCGAAACGGACUCCCCAGUGAUUAAUUUAACGCUUAAAUCUCACACCGGAAUCGGUGAGGAUCUCUUCAAAACUCAGGAGCGGAUUCUGCUCACACUGGGAACGGCACUGCAGUAUGGUUUUAGCAAUCGGAAUGAAUUGAAUGCUCGUCGGAUUCAGGAAAAAGAAUCGCAAAUCACCAAGGGAACCGUACACGAUUCACCAAUAACGAACGUCAUUCAGCAGCAGCAACGCUCAACCACGAAAAGACCAGCGCAAGAUACGAUCGACAAUCGUUUGGCGGAGGAUGUCAACGAAAUGGCGACAGAAAGCGAAACUAGUUCCACUGGAACGGAACGAAACCCUUCAUCAGUGUUUGAAAGCACCGUCGCCGAUCUGGAGCUGUCAAAUGACUUCACAACGGUUUAUAGUGUAAGCCCUGGGGAGGUAGAAACCACCACCCCAGGUCAACGCAAGUAUUUCACAACGCUGCGAAACCGUACAGAAGCGACCACCGAAUCGAGCGACACAACCCUGAAGGUUGUGUUGUCUGAAGUUAACACCAAUAAAACCUUUAUUCCCGGUCGCUCGCGACCGACGCGACCCGGUCGGUUCCGAACCUCAACAACAUCAGCUGUCUCAUUGGAAACGGCGAACGAAGCCUCAACAUUACGAUCUAAAUUCACCCCACGAAAGCUGACUCCCGUCACCCAAAGCUCCAACGCAAUUACGAGCGAAGCCGCCUCCGAUAAACCAUCACGAAGACCAUCUCCUUUCAACCGACGAUCGAGACCAACUCUGUCCACACGAUCGUCGGUUGCCCCUGCUGUCGAGCCAGAAAGCGAUACCGAUGAUUUCACCGAAAAAACACCGGGAAUUUCUACAACCGUAACGCGACGACGACUUGGUCGCCGACGACCGACAGCCUUAUCAACUACCGAAAAGCCUCCGGAAGAAACUCCUCGCCAAAACUUGGAGCGGCCGUCCGCCCUGACGCGACGACAACGGCUGCGUUCCACCACAACGCAACGUACAGCUACGGAGUCCCUGUUGGUAGCAACCCGUUCGCCAACCACUGUCGAAGCCUUCACCGUUGAACCCACCUUCGCAGAUAGCGCCGUUGGCAACUCAGACCACACGACCGUAUUUUCUGAUGUUUCUAACGAAAUCGAGUCGGUCUUUUUAACGAAUGACGUACUCAGCAGUGAUAACUUGUUGCGGCGGCAGCUCCCAGAAUCAGGCGAGAGAAACGAUUCUGAGGAAACGACCGACCAUCUGUCUACGGUUGUUACGAACGAACCUUCAACGGAAGCUCCUAGCAAAGCUCCAUCGCGUAGGUUCCCUCCCAAUGCUCGGCGACCCGCCGGUCAACUGCAACGCUUCAACGACAAUCAGCAAAUCGAAUCCGAAGUGGUUCCAAGUCGAAGUCCUGCUCGCAACUUUUCUGCAAAUCGGAAGAAGUUCGGUGCAUCCACCACCAGCACCACAACCGAAAACCCUGAAGUUUCCACGGUAAAGAAGUUCAUUCCGUCACGAAAGAGUCGACCUUCGUUCUCCGUGGCAAGGGCGCGUGCCUCCAGCACUACAGAGGAGCCUGCCGGUGAGGGUGGUCAAGACCAACCAACAAGUUCUACCAUUCGAUCAUUCCUGGCGUCCCGUAGACGACCUGGCUUAGGGCAGCAGUCGCGUUCAACGACGACGACGGCGGCCAGCGUGAGCGCAGAUGAUGUGGAGAAGUCAUCUAGUCGUCCACUGGGACCGACCCGCAGACGGCCGGCAUUUGCCGCAAGUCGGACCCCAAGGCCACAAUCAUUUGAGGAUUCUUUCGACAAGGGAACGAGUGCGGCCGUGAAGCCAAGUACGGAGCGCAAGGUCAAUCGUACCUCGGCAUUACUGCCGAAGAGGCAGAAUUUGUUCGUUCGAACAACCACAACGACGACGGAAGCUUACACUGAAUUUGAAACGGAUGCGAAGACUACACUCGAGGAGGAGAGCAGUGGCGAGCGUUUGAGCACGCGUGGUUAUACGGAAAUCCGACGACCUUCGUCGUCGGAGGAGAGAGAUGGUGGAGUGACGGGACGAUAUAGUGGUGAGGUGGAGGAUGAUGAAAAUGAGAUUCAACGGCAUGGAAAGCGAUUGUUUGGACCGGUAGGAAGCGGGAAUAACAAUGUGGAUGAUGAGGAACCGGUUGGUGGUGGAGGACGCUCGCCGCUACCCAGGAGACCAGGGCCAAGGAUUAUUGGAUCGGGAGGUUCACGGGGUGCGGGACCGGGGAGUAAUACGAGGUUUAUUUUCAAGAAUAAUCUACCGCCGGAGGGAUCGACGACAACGGCUAGGGCUAUCACCACUCGGGGUAGGAGACCGUUUGGUAAUGUCGGAGGAUAUAAGCCCGGAAAUGGAACGGCAGCUGGUGCGCCAAGCGCGGGAGGCACUUCAACCGCUAAACCACGAUUUACAGUGACCACCAGAGGACGGCCCGUUUUCGGAAGACAGCGAUCUACCACUGCAUCCAGCACAUCCGCUGGCUUAACGAACGAUGUCGAGGAGAAAGUAUCGGCACAGCAGGCGGGCCAGUCUCAGCAAGGUGCGGGACCUACACGACGCUAUCAGCCUAGGAAACCAACGAGAAAAUCGAACCUAACGACGAUUUCACUCCCGGUAGGUGGCAGUAGAACACGUACAAAUCUAUCGUCACUAUUUAACCGUAACCCGGCGGCGGUACUAACAACAACCGAGCUAACGCAACAACCAGAGACGACGCUUCCUAGUGUAGUAGAACAACAGACGCCGGUCAUACUUUCGGUGGUGCCGAUUGUGCAGAGGUCACGAUCACAGCCAACCACUAGCACACCUAUCACACUUCUAACCGAGAACGAGGUGGAGAACACUACUUCAUACGAAGAUACAAUCAACACAGUCAGAACUACCACCGAAUACUACACAGCAUCCGAUGAAACUCUGUACACCACACUCAAUACGGCCGACACAAUUUACACGAUUAAUGAUAAUAUCGAUAUUGAUGAUGUCAAUAUAUUGCAGGAACGUAGUAGAACAUCCACCACGACGGUCCGACCAACGACGCUCUACCAUGUGUUCUCGAUCGACAAGGAGAACGAAUCGAUGCCUUCGUCGACCGAGAUUUACCGCACGGAAGAGCAAGAGAUCGAACUGCCAGUGGCGAACAAGACGGACAAACUGGUCGAGAUCCAUCGCGUGGUGGAGAUCUACACGAAGAACACCAGCAAUCCGGACGAAAUUCCGGUUAUGCAGAAGCUUGGUGAAAUCAAUCGCAAGAUCAUCAUUCGUCUCGUUGAACCGAGGAACAAGACUGAGGUCGAAGAGAAGGACAAGAAGAGUCGCACGCUUGUGUUUGCUGACAGUAUCUUCAAUGUAGAAACUUCCACCAUUCCACUGGAAGGAUUGUUCGAUGCGGAGAAGGAGGGCAAAACAGGAAAGCCCGACAUUCAAACUACGCUACUGAACUUGGAGGAGCAGGAGGAGGAAGCUACGGUUGCUCCUAGGGUUGAGAUCGAGCGAAUCUCGAGUGCCGAUUUUGGAGCAACAGAGCGAAGCCGACAGGAGGAAUUGGUGACUAUUACUCCGCUGAUCGCGGAAACGGAACGCUACACUCAGGUAACUACAUCAUCUGUUAAGCCCGAUACGGAACGAACAGUAGAUUUUGAAGACAGCACCGUGCACGAGGAGGACGACGAUUACUACACGGAAGAGUUGCCAACAACAGUUUCGGUUCAGUCUUCGUCCCCGACGUCGACAUCGACAUCGACGUCAACAACGUCGACGACGACGACAACAACUACGGAAGCCCCCACUACCACAACACCCGCGACUGAGACUACAGCUUCAUCCACAACACAGAUCGUUCACAAGUACACGCUUCCGGCAGAAUUCUUCUUCCAGGAACCUUCGGAAGAACCAACCACAACAACGACGACAGCAGCGCCAGCGACAACGACAACAACCAGCACGACCACGACCACGACCACCACUCCGAAACCAACAACGACCUCAACUUCGACAACCACCACAACUACUACAACCCCGACAACGACAACAUCGGAAGCGACAGCUCCCCAGGAGCGCAUUCAAUCCCUAGUGAUUCCCAGCGUGGAAACGAAACGAAGGUACACUAAACGACCAAAAACCACUGUCUACCGACCACAGCUGGACUUCACGUACACGAACGAAAACUCUAGCGAAGAUGAACCGGCCGUUGUCACUGAAUCACAGGUAACUGAAUCGCUUCCAAGCACUUCCACCCAAAAAGUUCAAAGCACCAGUAGAAAGUACGUUCCCUCGGUAGCACUGCGGUCUAACUUUGGUGAAGGUGCGUCCCACAGAAAGUCCAAAGACAUUCAGGUAGUGCCACUGCCGAAACCAACCGCCAAGAAGGCGUCUGAGCCUACAGCUACCACAACAUCUACCACGACGACCACGAGCACCACCACAACCACGGAAGCUCCCAUAACGAAGGUGGACUUCAACAUUAGGUACGUGGUACCGGUCAUUACACCGGACUUCAACGCCCAAGAGCUCAAAAUCGAAAGCAAAAACGAUAAGUACAGCAUUCCGCGUGGAACGCUCUACAGCCCGGACUUCAUCACUCGAGAAAUUUCGGGCGAGCAGCGCCAGGAAAGGCAAUAUUCGCCCGUCUACCGGCCCGAGCUGGAUAACGAUGAGCUUACCCGUGCGCUGACCAGCGAUCCGGACCCGGUAGCCCUGGAAGCGGCCAGCUUGGAUCGGGAGAUCCUCGGAGAUCGGAGCAGUAUCGAUAGCGAGAGCGAAGAACGGAACUACGAACCGCGCAACAUACCGGCGUACUUCUUCCGGCGUGCCGGAGAGGUCAGUUAAAAGUCUCACACACUCCCACUCUCUCUUUGUUUGUCAAACAAGCCUUUAUUAGAGAUCCCAACCAGGACACGCCUCCCGUUGGCCAUCUGAGCAGCGAACUUUUAUGUGUGUGUUUUUUAAUUUCUAUUUUUUUGUAUUAAUCCCCGAAGCAACGAGAUGCCAUAGAGUUUAACUAAUUUAUUGUUGUUUCUUCUAACCACCCCUGAAGGAAAUUGAGGGAAAAAAAACAUGACCAUAUUUCACUAUCCGCUUAUUUUUGAACUAUCUUAAAUCUUUGUUUUGUUUCUCCUGCUCUGAACUUUCCCUUCCAUACUAUAUGUGUGUCUGUGUGCGUGUGGUUUUUCCCUCUUGCUGUCUCUUUCUCUUCCUGUUUUUUCUGUGUGUAAGUGGUGUUUAUUUUAACCUCGGUUCUCGUGAUUUCAUGAGAAAAGCCUGGUAUACUGUUUUUCCCCUUCUGUGUGUGUAUAAUAACUCACUGUAUCUAGCAAGAACUGGAGGGUGAUCAACGUCUUCCAAGAAAAUAUGACAGGACUGGCCUGCUGUGUUGACGCUGCUGUCGUUGUCGAUUGUAUUACACACACUCACACACUCGUAUACACACGUCCUGCUUUAUCGUUUUUUUUUUCGGAGUUUUAUUAUAGCCCAACACUUACACACUCUAUAGUGCACGCGUUGAACAUAACCUCACAAUUGCACAAUUCACCUCUCACUAAGCUGUUUUUUUAUGAAGAAAGAAAAUGUAGAAAUACCAAAAUCUUUACUUUUAUUUCUAUAACUGUGUAGUAGAACUUUUACGCAACAACAGCGAAAAAAUCGUAUAGGAUUGAACUGCGUAACGCUAGUCUAUAAGUAGUGGCUUAGCGGCAACACACUGGAGAGAACGACAAAAACACACACCAGAGAUUUGAGCGUAAACAAAAGUAAAAAAAAAACAAACAAACAAAUAUUUAUUGUUAAAGUGAUGCUAUUCAAACUGAGCAAAUACUCCAGACUCAACCGCUGAUCGGCCAGAUUCAUCAAGGAAAAAUAUGACAGCGGUGACAGUGUAGCUAAAAUAGUGAAGCUAGUUUUUUUUAAUAUAUAGUUAGGUUAGGUAUUAGGCAUUCGAUAGUAUUAUUAUUACUGUUUCUCAAAACAUCUAAUCGUAAACGAUUCGUGAAGUUACAGUGCCGAAUCAGAACAGCACCACAGUUUAGCUUUUAACAUUUGCUCUGCCACCCUAUCAGUGAAUCGUUUGUGUAAAUAACAUUUAUUGCCGAAUUCUAUAACGUUACCCUAUUCUAUCUGAAAAAAAAAACAACGCACACUGUUUUGAAACAAACAAGUAAACCCCUUAAACACAGUUUUAGUGGAUUGUAUAUAGUUUCUAGUUGAUAGAGAGUUUUACAGUAGUGGCAAACGCGCUACAAACGAGCAGUCCCUCGAAGCAGGGCGGAAGAACGACGACGGAAGAAAGCUGUUAGCAUUGUUUUUGUACAGAUAAAGAAAACACUGGAACAAGCGUUCGUGAAAAUUUAAAAA